ACACCCCACCGCCAUUCCAGAUGGGUAACCUCUGUGGGAAGCAGUCGAAAGACAACUUUCAGGGUCCAGGACGGACGCUGAGCUCGGCUCCGACGCCCGCCACGAAGGCUUCCGUCCCAGCGCGAGCGACAAAUGAGGGCAGUUCAGCGUCGAAGCCCAAGAUAACAGGGCCGGGCAGAACCGCGCGAGCGAACAGAACGGCGACGGGAGACCUAGCGAAGAAGCUCGAAGCGCAGAAGAAGCAGACGCGAAACCAGACGCUGCAAGAAGCAGCCCACGAGAACCGGGCACAGCGCGAAGCGGACGCAGCGACCGAAGCGAGGAACUAUAAUUAA